AUGACUCCCAUACUCUAUGGCGUAUCAGGACCAUGCUCUGCUAUCAGCAGUUCGUCAUCGCGGCCCAACUCGCUAGCUGGAUCGCUUUCGGAAUACCAGGAAAGCUUUGUCAUGAGUGCCUUCGGAACCUCGGACGCUGGUCGCCCCCAAAGUAUAUACAGUGGCGAGGUUGCUCAGCAGUUCAUUAUGCCCACCAUCAACGUCCCUAGUCGGAGACCCUUCACAGAAGCUGGAAAGGGCCUUGGCGUAGGGAAGACCGCUUUGAUCCGAACUAUAACACAAUCUUGCUCGCACAUCGUACACGUCGACCCUACCGUGCCAGUGGCAAUGGCGUCCAAAGGUUUCCUGCCAGCAAAUACGAUGCCGAAUAGUCCUCCGAUAUCUCAGGGCACUUUCCAAAUCACAGAGACUUUAGCCAGCACCAAACCGUACCCCUCCUGGUGGAAGGAUUCGGCCUUUCCAUCCCCUACGCCUGGUCCGAUUCAACUAGAGGACACAAUUCUAGACAGAAACAUCUGUCUGGUUGAUACGCCUGGAUAUCAGGAAACAUGUCGCCCAACGGAUACUAUGGGCCAAGUCUCACAAUACGUUGAAUCAUACCUUCAAAAGAGCCGUCUCGACGGUCUAGAAGACCCCGAUGUUCUAAAAACAAUCAGUGGAAGCGGCGGCUUGCUUGUUGAUGCGGUGCUCUACAUGAUUCCCAGUUCAGGUCUGUCUGCGACUGAUAUACAUUAUCUCCGUCAACUGGAGGCACUGACCAAUAUUAUUCCACUCAUUGCGCAUGCCGACACUUUGACAUUAGAGCAGACAGCAGCGGCUAAGAAGCACAUUGCCCAACAACUUGCCGAGGCUGGCCUCGGGCUGUUCUCUUUCGAUCCCUUGACGGAUGGCGUAGGAGAACAACAUAUAUAUGCUGCUUCUAGCGAGUUAGGAUCGGAUUCAGAGGUCAUGGACGCCAGUCUGCUCAUGAGCUCCGAGUAUGUGCAACCUUUUGUGCCCUCCGAUCUCUCGCAGUUAGUGGAAAACAUAUUUUGCGUGAAUGGCGCAACUUGGCUUCGCCAUGCUGCCGCAGCAAAGCUUCUGGGUUGGCGCACUCGUCACCCUGGGCCUAGUAACGUCUCCGGCUUCGCCUCAAAGUCAGAAGGCUCGACGGAUAUGUGGUUGAUGCGUCCUAGGGCCGGAUCACUGACUCCUCUUGCCUUGAGUCGCGCUCCAAACUAUUCUGCUUGUAAUGAACGACUCUGCCGAGUGCAGCUCACGAACUGGGCGGCAGAUUUACAACGCAGCCUGGCCAACGAAAAACGGAUGCAAGAGCUCAGGGCAUGGGAGCAGGCGGCUAUGUUGUCGAGGGAAACUUGGAGAGAUGGCCGCUCAGCAUCAGGCGGCGGGGGCGCAGAUAUGGCGUUGACGAGAACAAGAGGACGGGGAGAAUGUCGGCAGUCUCUCCGUAAGAGGAGACACAGUACAGGCUCUGGCCUAGAUUGGGGGCUUGUAAGACAUCAGGAUCCUUUGGGCUUGCUUCAGCUUAAUGCCGACUUUAGGUGGCAGGGUUGGAAGACGCUGGAGAUGGUCGGUGGUAUUGGGAUCCUGGGCGGUUUGGCGUGGUUGCUUGUUUAG